AUGGUGUUCUGGUCGUAUGUUACUCAAAACGUAGCUCGAUAUCUCGGCAUCACUGUAUUCAUCAUUAAUAUGUUUGGUACUGUUAUGAAAAUACUUCUAUUCUCAACACGCCGCCAAUAUCGUGUGAAACCGUGCAUAUUCUUCAUACUACUAUCAUCUGCCGGAUGUUUUGUUCAUUUAAUUUACGCAACGUUCGGUCGAAUACUUUCAUCCGGUUUCGGUGUUAAUCUAACACAGACAGUAUUGGUCAUUUGUAAACUGCGCGAAUAUGCUUUUAUAUCAAUUCAAUUGAUUAGUAUAACAGCAGAUUGGUUGACAAUGGUUGAUCAAUUCCUAGUCACCUCACGUGAUGCACGUCUUCGACAUUUGAGUAACAUGAAAACAGCUCGUUAUGUCACUAUUGGUCUUGUUGUAUUCUGGUUUCUCUAUGGAAUUCCGAUUUUUAUUGUCACCAGCAUACAAUUGAACUUAUGUGUUGUCAAUGAUCCGAUAGUUUUCAUUCUUUACAGUUCGGUUACUGUUUGGAUUUUCAAUGUUUCAGUGCCAUUGAUUAUGACUAUCGUAUUUGGUUUACUUACUUAUAGAAAUAUUCAUUCCGUGCAAAAUCUACCACGAUCACAAAGUAUCGAUCGACAAGUUCUAUUGACGGUUGGUGUACAAGCGUGUUUCAUUCUAAUUGCGCUAUUACCGUACGCUAUUUUCACUAUUUACUCAACUAUUACAAAUUAUCAGUGUAAAAGUAAUGAACAAAGAGAUAUCGAAGGUUUUAUUUUGAAUAUGAUUAGUUACAUUGGUAUUUUCCGAUGUGGAGUAAGUAAAGUAUCUUUUGNAAGUAUCGAUCGACAAGUUCUAUUGACGGUUGGUGUACAAGCGUGUUUCAUUCUAAUUGCGCUAUUACCGUACGCUAUUUUCACUAUUUACUCAACUAUUACAAAUUAUCAGUGUAAAAGUAAUGAACAAAGAGAUAUCGAAGGUUUUAUUUUGAAUAUGAUUAGUUACAUUGGUAUUUUCCGAUGUGGAGCUGGUUUCUACAUGUGUUUGAUUGUAUCGAAUCGUUUCCGUGAAGAGACUAAACGAUGUUUUCAUUGCUUUCGUCGGACGCAAAGAAAUGUUAUUCAACCUGUACGUCUUACUUCCCAAGUAAAAAACAUGCAUCUAAGAUCAAAUCGUCGAUAA